UCGCUACAUCGUAAUUCCCGUUUUUCCCAUCCCUAGUGUCCCCAGCUGACAAAAUAUUGUUAUUUUCCGCUCAUGACCUGACACCGGCGUUUUGACUGAUUGCUCUGGAUUAUUAGCACACCAAAUGGUGACCAUCUCCACCGUCAACUGGCUCUUCGUCUGCGGACUGACGUUCUGCCUGGGCGGAAUCGCGGUUCUCAGUUUCAUGCCACUGGGAUCAGAUUGCAUAUGCCCGCUCUCCAAUCCCUCGACGAGGCCAGCAGGCAGUGGAGGCGCUGCACCAGAUACUUCUAGAGAUACGCAACAGGCGGCAAAGCAGGAAAAUGUCCCAAAAUCGCACGGAGAUCACAAAAUGGCCUUACUGGUACCGUUCCGCGAUAGAUUCGAGGAACUUCUGCAGUUCGUGCCCCACAUAACAAAGUUCCUCAAACGUCAGAAUGUGGCGCACCACAUAUUUGUUUUGAACCAGGUGGAUCGAUACCGAUUCAACCGCGCCUCCCUUAUCAACGUGGGCUUCCAGUUUACCAGUAAUGUCUAUGACUACAUUGCCAUGCACGACGUGGAUCUUUUGCCGAUGAAUGACGAUCUGCGAUACGAGUAUCCUAGUGAUCUGGGACCGUUGCACAUUGCCGGCCCCAAGCUGCAUCCAAAGUACCACUAUGAGAACUUUGUGGGGGGUAUACUCUUGGUGCGCCGGGAGCAGUUUCAGAAGAUGAACGGCAUGUCCAAUCAAUACUGGGGCUGGGGACUAGAGGACGAUGAGUUCUUUGUCCGCAUCCGGGAUGCAGGGUUGAGAGUCACUCGACCGGAGAACAUAAAGACUGGCACAAACAAUACGUUUAGCCAUAUCCAUAAUCGCCAUCAUCGAAAGCGCGACACACAAAAGUGCUUCAAUCAGAAGGAGAUGACUCGCAAGAGGGACCACAAGACGGGCCUAAACAAUGUCCAAUACAAGGUUCUGAAGGUCCACGAAUUGACCAUCGACGAGGUGGAUGUAACCAUACUUAACAUAUUGCUCGAAUGUGAUCUAAAUAAAACGCCGUGGUGCGACUGCUCUGGAACAGCUGCGGCUGCCUCGGCCGUACAGACCUGAGAAGAGGUUGAAACCAACGAACUUGCAUUUCCUAGUCCAAACCUAUGUUUAUUCUGCUAUGUUUUGUAGUUAAAUGUACGAAAAAAAAUACUCUUAA